AUGGCCGUACCUUGUUUGCAUAAGGAGGCUCAAUUCAAGCAUGUGAAAAUACCCCAACAAACCUUUAUCUCCCCUACCUACAUUAACAAGAUUACUUUCCCAAGUGAUAGAAAUGCCCGCUGAUCACGAAAAUUCCACACCCAAUUCCCUUGACCCGCGCCUAGAUGCUUUACAGGACGUGUUAUCGCCCGAGGAAAAAGCAAGCAAUGUUGCAGACUCAAAUAGGCGCAAAGCCAUAGCGAAUGGACUUUUCUCGUCGGGCGAGUACGAUGAAGCCAUCGGCGUGUAUAGUGAGGCCCUCUCUCUAUGCCCCACCGAUUUUCACUACGAACCGGCCGUGCUGUGGUCAAAUAUCGCUGCCUGCCAUCUGAAGCUAGACGAGUGGGAAAAGGCGAUUACGUCCGCCACAAGUGCCCUGAAGGGGCUAGAUCGUUUGGAAGAGGCCGACAAGGAAGCCCAGGAAGCCGAGGGCAGCAGCGGCGACAAGGGUACAACUGGCGGCGAGACGAAAAGCGGCGAUGACGCUGAUGUCGAAGAGGAGAUCAUCAGCACCGGCGCCUCCAAAGCCGGGCCGGCUCUGCCCAAGGAAGAGGACGCCAGCGCCGCGGCGGCACGCAAGAGGACGGAGGACAUACUGAGGAUCCGUGCAAAGGCCCUGAUGCGCCGGGCCCGGGCCAAGAGCGAGCUGGGCGGCUGGUCGAACCUGGAGGCUGCGCUAGAAGACUAUAAGGCACUGUCGUCGAUGCCCAACUUGUCGGCGACAGACAGGAGGAUUGUGCAGGCCCAGCUGAGGAGCAUCCCGCCCCUCGCGAAGGCGGCCCAGGAGAAGGAGACGGCCGAGAUGUGGGGGAAGCUGAAGGACCUCGGGAACGGCCUGCUGAAGCCCUUCGGUAUGAGCACGGAUAAUUUCCAGAUGAUCAAGGACGAGAAGACUGGAGGCUACAGCAUGAACUUCCAGGGCGGGGCCGGGGAGAAAUAA